GCAACUUCGAACUUCGAAGCGUUCCAAUCGACACCCACACAAGAGUCCUCGAAAACACAAAUGCCCGAGGAAGCUCAACUGUGUCCAUAGCGGCUCCCCUCCCGCAUACGGAUAUCCUUAUCACUUGUCAGCACAACAUUCUAUUUUCUGUCAACGGCUUCCGCGCGAAUGGUCUGAACGAUUGUCACCAUCUCCGUAUACUUCCAUCCGUCAAAUUUGUCACCUCGCUUGCUUAGAUUGUCCUGCCAGCACAUGUGCACUGGAGAUCUGUGCUACUCCGAUGACCGGCUUGCCUCACACCUAUGCUUGUCUGUGUAUGUUUUAUUCGGACUCUUUCGCUCGUCCAUGUGCAUUUCGGCUUAUGGAAACUUGCCUGCGCUUGUCCCUGCUUGUUUGCAUCAGUUGGCACUCACUUAUCCUUGCAUCUGCCGCCAUUUAUCCGUACUCAAUUGCACCUGUUGCUGCACAUUUUUCAUUCAUAUUUGCUACUACUUGUUACAGAUCGUCUGUACGUGCCCCGCACACUUUCACAUCUUUCUGUCUGCCGUCAUUUGUCUUUCUUUGUAGUACUAUGUCCCUGCCGCUAUACAUCGUUGCUC